UCUUUUGCCUGAGAUAUAGGCUACAGUAAUCUGAAUAUCUCUCAGCUGUUGGAAACACUGUGCUUUGAGAAAACAUAAAAGAAUAGCGGCAACAGUGAAUUCCUCGCCCGCUUACAGGAGUCGGAGGCAGCCACACAAGCGACCGACCGGGAUUUGGGGGAUUUCUUCAAACAGAGUUGUACUCAUGGAGUUCCCAAAUGAUUCCGCCGGCUUUGCUGACCCCAGACACUUCCGUCUGUACAACGAGUCCCUUUUCCAGAGCAACUUCAGCGCCUUCAACGGGACCGACAUCUUUUUCCCGCGGGGCGUCAGGAUCAUUAUAGCCGUGGUCUACAUGAUUGUCUGCUUGGUGGGGCUCGUGGGAAACUGCUUGGUCAUGUACGUCAUCAUCAGAUAUACCAAGAUGAAGACAGCUACCAACAUUUAUAUCUUUAACCUGGCACUGGCUGAUGCCCUUGUUCUUGCAACACUUCCAUUCCAGGGCACUGAUGUUUUCCUUGGCUUCUGGCCCUUUGGCAAUGCCCUGUGUAAAGCUGUGGUCUCCAUCGACUAUUAUAACAUGUUCACCAGUGUGUUCACCCUCACUGUGAUGAGCAUGGAUCGAUAUGUUGCAGUGUGCCACCCGGUUAAAGCCCUAGACAUGAGGACGCCCCACAAGGCCAAGGUGGUCAACAUCUGCGUGUGGGUCCUGGCUUCUGCCAUCGGGGUCCCGGCUAUGGUACUUGGAGACGUGGAGGAUGACAAUGGCACAGCCAUUGAGUGCAUUUUGGUUCUACCAGAUCCUCGCAGUUACUGGGACCCUGUGUUUGGCACAUGUGUUUUCCUACUCUCCUUCCUGGUUCCUGUGGCAAUCAUCAGUGUGUGCUACAGUUUGAUGGUGAAACGCCUCCGCAGUGUCCGCAUUCUUUCUGGGUCCAAAGAGAAGGAUCGCAACCUUCGUCGCAUCACCCGCAUGGUGUUGGUGGUGGUAGCAGCCUUUGUCGUUUGCUGGACUCCCGUCCAGAUUAUGGCCCUGGCGCAGUCGCUUGGCUUUAACCUAGGCAGCGUCCAAACGGUGGUCUUUAUGCAUUUCUGCAUUGCCCUGGGUUACGUCAACAGUAGCCUCAACCCAGUUCUCUACGCAUUCCUUGAUGAAAACUUCAAGCGUUGCUUCCGCGAGUUCUGCCACCCCUCGCCAUUUGGUGCAGAUGCGCAGCAGUCGGGUCGCAUGCGCAAUAUUGCACGCGAAGUGGCCUACAACUGCAAGACUGCAGACGGGAACAGUAACCCCGCAUGACUAGGUGUGGAGCUGCCCCUGGUCAGCCCCGAGCCACAACCCAAUCCAGGGACAGGAAACUCAAACUCUGAGUUGACUCAAAUUACAAAUCUUUAGCACCACAGUAACCUCUGCCAGGUAGGCGGGGGAAAGGAGUGAGGGCGGAGUCAAGCUAAAUGAUGAUGCUCUUUUAGGGACAAAGGGGCUCAAUUUACAGUGUCUUAAUUGGACUUGGAUGUUAUUGUCUACAAUUUUGUUCUUAUUCAAGAUUUAUUACCCUUUCUUGUUCAGUGUUGCAAGCUUAUAUAGAUGCUUUAUAUGUCAUUCUUUACAACAAUCAAUGUUUCUCUUGAAAUGUAAAACUGUAGGAUUACUUGGCCUUAAAUAUAAAUCUGAAUCUAUGGAUUAAGUGUACCAGUCCUUUUGUGUGAUAUUGACAAGUGUUGGACUUCUAUAUACACUACUUUGUGUAAAAAUAGUAUAUAGUUUAUGGACUGUACUAUAUAUUAUAUAACUGUAUAGUUAUACAAAAGACACAAAAGCUGAAACUACAGAGACUUGUAAAGCCUGAUUGUUAUUUUAAAAAAAAAGUUGCUAUUUUUAUUGGUUCAAUUGUACA